UAAAUUAAAGACAUCAAUUCAGCUGUGGCCUACUCGAUUGCCUGUAACGAGUCUAAAGACAAAUGUGAUAUUGAACAAAUAGCGCUGUUCUGCCGGUAUGUAAACUCUGCCGGGCCACAGGAAGAAAUGAUAGAGUUGAUACCAAUAAAAGUCCAAACACAGGGGGAGGACAUCUCUGAGGCUGUCUUGAAUUGUUUAAGAACCAAAGUAAUAAAGACCACCCACCUGGUGUCAGUAGCUACUGAUGGGGCACCAAGUAUGACAGGAGCGCACAAGGGAUUUGUGGCUUUACUGCAGAAGCUGCUGGACAGAAAGCUGCUGAUUUUUCACUGCAUCUUGCACCAAGAGGCACUGUGCGCUCAAACAUUUCCUCCGGAAUGCACAGAAGUAAUGGAUGUUGUCAGUCAGAUUGUCAAUAAAAUAAUGGCAAAAAGUUUAAAUCACCGUCAAUUCCGUUUGUUACUGGACGAGCUGGAAAGUGCAUAUUCUGAUCUCCUGCUGCACAACAAAGUCCGCUGGCUGUCAAGAGGGGAGGUGCUGAAACACUUUGUCGCGUGUCUGUAAGAAGUGAAAACUUUCCUGGGCAGCAAAGUUCUCACCUUUCCUAAGCUGGAACAGCCAGAGUGCCUGUAAAAGCAACACUUCAUGGUAGACAUGACAGCGCACCUGAACACUCUGAUCAAGGCUCUUCAGGGGAAAGGACGCACAGCCCUGCACAUGUUGGAGGAUGUUUUGGCAUUUGAGCGCAAGUUGACAGUGCUUGCCAGAGAUUUACAGAAAGGCACAUUGUCUCACUUCCCCAAUUUGAGAGAGUUCAUACAAGCUCACGACAUGAUAAAUUCGGAGUAUUUACAUUCUGCAAUCAUCGCAAUGCAAACAUCAUUUGGGAAAUGCUUCUUUGAGUUCAGACAGGUAAAAAACACAUUGUCCUUCCCGGUCACUCCCCUAAGCAUCGAUCCAUCACUACUGAAUACGACUGCAUUGGCAGGUGUGAGUCAACCUGAUCUUGAGAUGGAACUGGCCGACAUAGCCGACAAAGACAUAUGGGUGUCCAAGUUUAGACGCUUGACAGCAGACCUUGAAGAUGUUGCCCGUCAGAAGGCCAUUCUUGCUCAGAAUCACAAAGGGAGUGAUAUUGAAAACCUCCUCAAACCGGACAAACUUGUGUUCGAAACAUGGAAUGCUAUCCCCGACAUUUAUGUAAACAUUAAAAAGUAUGCGCUUGGAGUCCUGUCGAUCUUUGGAUCCACAUAUGUAUGUGAGCAGGUGUUCUCCAACAUGAAUUUUAUUAAAAAGAAACAUCGCGCACGACUCACAGAUGACAGCUUGCGAUCCUGUGUAAAGAUGAAGAUGACGUCAUACAGCCCUGAUGUGCAGACGCUGUGCGCUGAGGUCCAGGAGCAGAAAUCCCAUUAACCAAGUUGACAGCUGGCUGACGUUAUUUUUGUUUUGCUGCUGGUGGACAAUUUAAGUUCGGCGUUUUUUAUAAAUACAAGAAGGACUCAAAUAGACAUUGAGUAUUUUACUUAAAAGUAACCUUCAACCAAACGUCUUUUUUUCGGAGUUCAAAAUGUUUUUGUUGCAUGCAG